AUGAAACCAACAUUAGUUCUCGCAAUCUUUUUGGCACUUAUACUUACUGUUCAAUCAUCUCCUGUAAUCUUUAAUAAAAGACAAGAAUCUGAUUCUGUAAAUGAUAUACAACCACCUGUAGAAGAUGUAGAAGAAAGCAAUAGAACUAAAUUUUAA